CAGACUAGGGGUUUGUGACAGAGAAACUUGGUCAUCAUUCAGCAGCAGCAGGUUUACACCUACUAGAGAGGAGAGCUUGGAAAACUAAGAAUUUAAAGAAAGCCCCUUUUUUCCUCUGUACCCAAGUGGCCCAUUUCUUCCUUACAAUGGAAAGAAUCAAGUUCACUCGGUGUUCUUUGAGGCACAGAGGAGUCACUUCUCUACAUUUACGAUGCAUCCAAGGUUAUGAUUAGUUGCAGGCAAGACUAAGAAGGUUAGCAUCUAGUAACUUACACGGAACAUUCCUUGACUCCUAUCAAGCCUUCACUGUAUAACAAAUGCUGUUGUUUAAAAAAUAGAAGAUCUGCACUUUUAUAACGGAAACAACAAUCCAAGUUAUGAAUUCUACUAAAGAAAAUACAUUCCUCAGCAAUUUUCACCCUGCAAGGAAAAGGGUCUCAGAUAAUCCCUUUUUAAAUUCGUACCUGAAAAGAAACAAUGUCAGCGAUGACGAGAAGUUCCAAGCCUACAAAAGGGUUGAAGAUGAUGUCGGUGUGCCAAACAAAAAAAGGAGGCUCCUUUAUGAAACCCCUGUUUUACCUCCCAGCACUUCUGGUUUGGUAAGAAAAGUAGAUGUUCGAAGAACAUACUUACAGAAGCCACUGAUAACAGAAACAACACAGCCUCAAACAGCAGACGUGAUCUCACAAACUACAGAAGACAAAAACUCCUCCCUUGCCUGGAUGGAUUCCCAAGAUGAACAGGGAAGAAAGGAGGAAGAAAAUCUAUUUGGCUCUUUAAAAAAAAUGAUUAAUGAAAACCAAGAGCUAAGGAAAGAAAAUGCAAAAAUGAAGCAAAUACUUGUAGCACUCCAGAAUUCUGUCCCAUUCAGAUUGUUUUCUCCUGAGGUACAAGAUUCAACAGUACAUUACUUACGCCUCAUUCUGCAGCAUUUGGAAAAAGCAGUUAGCAUGAGUUUUUUUCAACUAUCCCCAAAUGAAGACUCAAGCAAUAAGGAGAAAAAUGAAGAGCCUUUGGUUACUGAUCCUAAUCAUUCAGAGGCAUACUCUGAAGUACUGUUGGACCCUAAUAAACUGUAUAAUGUACUGCAGAAGGCAAAGCAGCAUAAAUUUCGUCAAGAAUUCGUCUUGUUAAGUGAACUUAUAGAUCUGUUGUUCAGUCCUCGGGAGUUGGCAGAAGCCUAUGGAUUGGGCCUGAAAGGGAAGGAUGCAAGAAAAUGGACCCUUGACAAAGUUAAAAUGUCAGCUUGUGAAGAAUAUAUGAGGUACAUUUGCUCUACAGAAGGUUGGAAAGUUCCAAGUCAGAAGGAUUUCCAUAAAAUUUUCACAACAAAGAUAGAAAAUGCCCGGUGGAAUCUAAAACACAGCAUAUAGAAAACCUCCUGAAGAUGCACCCUUCUUUCUUCCCAUCAUUCUACUCUGUAACACGUUAGCCCAAAAGAAAUUUAGAUAAUUAAAUAAAAGGAAGGUUCCAGGCUGUAA